AUGACACUGAAGCCAUCUUGCUUCAAGGACUCGAGGACAAUUCUCCUCAUCGUUGUCUAUAUUGGAUUAUUCUUGGACUACAUCUUGAUGCAAGUUGUCGUGCCAAUUUUGCCCGAAUACUUGCUCAGGAUCUCGCAUCCAGACGAUGCUGACUUUAUCUUAAAACAAAACAACCUCACCGAUCACUCGAAAGCCGCCGAAAGACAUCGACUCAUCGAAUCCGAAGGAGUCACUUUCAGUGUUCUUUAUGGCUCAAAAGCUCUCGUUCAACUCAUCGCCAAUCCUCUCGUCGGACCUUUGACUAACAGAAUCGGUUAUCCACUCCCACUUUUCCUUGGUUUCGUCAUCAUGACCGGUUCAACUGUGAUGUUUGCGUUCGGCGAGAGUUAUACUGUACUUUUAUUGGCUCGAGCACUUCAAGGAGCCGGAUCUGCGUGCACAGCGACUGCCGGAAUGGGCAUGUUGGCCGAAGUAUACACAAAGGAAAAAGAGAGAAGUCGAGCAAUGGGAAUUGCUUUGGGAGCAGUGGCUUUGGGUGGUCUUCUUGGUCCUCCAUAUGGUGGUACGAUGUAUCAACUUUUUGGCAAGGAGCUGCCCUUCCUUCUCUUGGCUGGUCUAGGAGCUAUUGGCGCUGCUCUUCAACUCUGGAUCCUUCCACCAAAAAUCGUGCGACCAAUCGGCGAGGAGAAACCCAGUUCAAUCAGAAAACUAUUAGCCGAUCCCUACAUCUCCAUUUCUCUUUUUGGUAUCUUUUUCACUUAUUUGGGAUGGGCAGAGGUUCAGCCAGCCGUUCCCCUUCGAAUGAUCGAUCUUUGGGGAGCAACUGCAAUGGAAAGAGGUCUCGUUUACCUCCCAUGUUCACUAAUGUAUUUGGUGGGGACAAACUCGUUUGGACCAAUUGCUUUAAAAAUGGGAAGAUGGCUGGCUAGCUUCUCUGGUCUCCUCGUGUUAGGUGCAGCAAUGUUGUUCAUUCCCUUCGUUCCCUCAAUGUGGUUCUUGACUCUGCCAUUUGCUGUGAUCGGAUUGUCGAUCGGUCUCAUUGAUGCCGCUCUGUAUCCACUUUUGGGAUAUCUCGUCGAGAUUAGACAUCAAAAUGUUUAUGGAUCAAUCUAUGCUCUCGCUGACUCGAUGUACUGUAUCUCAAUGGUGAUCGGUCCGUUUUCUUCGGGGAAAAUCGUGGAGACCCUCGGAUUUCACUGCAUGACGUAUGUGGCUGUUGGGAUCACUCUAGCCGCCGCUCCAUUGAUGCUCUUACUACGCAAGCCACCAAUUCUCAAAACAAUGCGCCUCACCAACACAAUCUCAGUGAUUGGCACUGACAUCAACGGGAUUGUUGUGGAAGAGAAAGAAAAAGACCCAGAGACUCCUCCAGAGAUCAUUACGAUUCCCGAUCAA